UUCCCGGAAGUGAUGAUUUUUGUCCCCGUGAAUCAGCUGAUCAGGAAAUUCGCUGAAUGUUGCAAACACGAUGUGUUGACCACAAGCAGCUAAAAUCACAUUUUAACAAUGGCUAAGUUAAAAGCGGAACCACUGGAUAAUGCCAGCGAUCUUUUACUCUGUUUUUAACGGAUUAGUUGGAGCUCAUGUGGUUUUGGUUUUGCAGUAGGAAGGACUCAAAUAGCUGCAUCAUAGGACAUCUGUUUAAAAUUGCCUAGUGAAGCUAAAGCAUGGAUCCCUUGGGAGCUCGUUCCCAGUUUGUGGAGGUCCAGAACCUCCCGACGUGGGACCAGCCUGAGGGAGUCCAGGACGAGGUGGACGGAGAAAACCUCUUAAUGGAGGAAGAUGACCAGCUGACCGAUCAGCUCAAUUCUUUAGAGUCCCCUUUCCCCUUCAGACAAGACAUCAACAGCAAGAUAGUACUAUUUAACGGAGAUGUGGCACUUUUAAACUGCACAGCAAUCAUCAAUACAAGUAACGAGACACUAACGGACAAGAAUCCUGUAUCAGACAGUAUCCACAGAUACUCCGGCCCUGAGCUAAGGGAUGAAUUACUCAAACUGAAAGGAUGUCGGACCGGUGAGGCAAAAAUGACAGAGGGUUUCAACUUGGCUGCACGCUUUAUCAUUCACACAGUUGGACCCAAAUAUAAAGCCAAGUACCGGACAGCUGCGGAGAGUUCUCUUUACAGCUGUUACAGAAACGUCAUGCAGCUUGCCAAGGAACAUGCCAUGGCAUCUGUGGGGUUUUGUGUGGUCAACACAGUCAAAAGGGCAUAUCCACUGGAGGACGCCACACAUAUAGCAUUAAGGACUGUUCGUAGAUUUUUGGAGAACCAUGGUGAAAACAUUGAGAUGGUGGUGUUUGCUGUUUCGGAUGUUGAGGAGCCAGUGUACAGGAAGUUAAUGCCUUUGUAUUACCCACGUUCAAAAAAAGAGGAGAGGAUUGGUCUGCCUCUCCUCCCUGCUGACAUUGGCAAUGCUGAGGGGGAGCCCGUGGUCCUGGAGAGACAGAUCCGCAUUGCCGAAAAGCCCGGAAAUCUAGAGGAUGACUCCAGGGAUGAGUCACUAGAGUCCGACCUGGGGCUGGUAGGAAGCCACGCGUUUGCUCGUAUGGAAGGGGAUGUGGAUAAGCAACGUAAACUCAUCCUUCAGGGCCAAAUGUCUGAAGCAGCCCAACAGAAACAGCACCAAAGGAACUAUAACCGCUGGCUUUGCAGAGCUCGAGCAGAGGACCUUUCAGACAUAGCAGCAUUAAAGGCACUAUAUCAGACCGGUGUUGAUUUGUGUGGUAGGACGGUCAUGGUUGUUGUUGGCAGGAAUAUUCCAGUUACACUUAUUGAUAUGGAGAAGGCGUUGCUGUAUUUCAUCCACGUGAUGGACCAUAUCACGGUGAAGGAGUAUGUGAUGGUGUAUUUCCACACACUCACCGGUGAACACAACCACCUAGACACCGACUUCCUCAAGAAGCUUUAUGAUAUUGUGGAUGCCAAGUUUAAGAAAAACCUGAGGGCUUUCUACUUCGUUCACCCGACGUUCCGCUCCAAGGUCUCUACUUGGUUCUUCACAACGUUCAGUGUAUCAGGCCUUAAAGAGAAGGUCCAUCACAUAGAGAACCUACAGCAGCUCUUCACCUGCAUCCUUCCUGAGCAGAUUGACAUCCCUCCUUUCGUCCUGGAGUAUGACACACGGGUUAACAGCCCCUAUUACACGGCUCAGUCCUCAGGCCUGUGAUGCUGCCAGAUAAACCCAGAAGCGAGGAAAGAACCUGCUUCUUCUCACCGGGCUGAAACUCAACCCCGAUGACCCGACUCUGAUCUCUCAUCUUUGCCAUUCCUGACUGGCAAGUUUUCUCUGUGACAGUGAGAGAGUGUCAAUCAAUAAUGCUGUAUAAACACAUCCUGCUUAAACCUGCUGAACGUGCCACAGACCUGUACCAAACCCAGAUGUCACUGAAGGAACCGCCUGCCUGACCCAAGCUGUUUUGGAGCAAGGUAUGCGUGUGUGGUGUAGAUGAAGAGACUGAAUGUGAAACACAUGUACCAGUGUCUGCGUGAAUAAUGGCUGGAAAUAGGCGAAACCAUUCUGGUUUUAAUUUCUUAAGUCCUUGGCCAUCCAAUCAUCCGAAAGCCUCAUAUUUUGCUGUCUAAGCUGUUUUGUUGUUUCAUGUCAUUCUGUGUCUGCAAAGUCACUAUAAGGAGUAGCGCUUUACUUUUUUAUCUUGAUGCUCUCUUUUUUUUUCUCACCACAAGCACUUUUUACAGCUUUAUCUCAGGUGCCAAACAACUAUCACUACAGUUUCUUAGGUUUGACAGGAAGCAACUUUUCCUCGUGUGUGUGUGUGUGUGUGAGGGAUGUGCUUUCACAAAGAUUGCUUUGUGCAGCUCUAAAAUCAGGUUGGCCUGUUGAGCUUUCUAUUAGCCUUUUAAUAAUAGUAUUUUCCUCUGUUCCUUUCAAUACGGUACAAUAUGGUUCUUGAAGCUCGAUCUGAGGUAGACUAAAAUCUUGCAGUGUGCCCGUUUGUGUUUCAUUUGAAGCAGAUUUACAAGCAUGGCCGAAGGAAUGUCCCAAACAGAGAGCUGAUCUCAGAGUGAAGCACUGUAAAUAGAUGAUUGUAGUUACUGCAGAUGCUGUCUAUUAUUCAUUCAGUUUUUCAGCCCUUAGUGUAGCUGUGCAUUGAUUCUUGUUAAAUUUCGUACUAUUUUAAAUGAAGUAUGACGUAUGAAUUAUGAAUUAUGAUGAUGGAGAAAAAAGAAUAAAAGAAUAUGAACUUUUGAUGUUAUCUUUAAUUUGUGUUUGGGUGUCUUUAUUGAAUUAUUUUGUUUAAUAUGUACAAUUCAGUUCGAAGCCUUUUGAAAUGGGUUUCGAAUAAAAGCAAGCCUUUUAUUUUGUUAAGUGUUUUUUCUUUAAGAUACUAGAUUUGAAGCUGUUAUUAUAUUCUAUUUCAUGAGUUAGUUUUAUUUUUAUAUGAAAUUGUACCAGUACUUAAGAUUUAUGCAAGUAAAUAGUUUAAUCAAAAUCAAAUAACUGAGUAUAGCUGUACUUUUAUAAAACCACUCACCAAAGGUUUCUAUCCACAUUAUUUUUCCUGUAAGAGCCAUUUGUACAUUUUACAUGCCAAACUUCCGGUCUCUUCCGCUUCCAGCUAUUUUUCACUGUACAACUGUUGUAUCUUACCAUGUUAUUUUAAUGUAUUAUCUUUAUUAUGAACACAUUGGUUUGUUGUGCAAACCAAUUGUUAUUAUUUUUCGCGUUUUCCCCACAGUGGCUAAUAAACCAGAAGUGAGAAAAUGG